AUGGACCGAACACAAGGCUAUGAGGCAGGAGGCUUCAAUACAGGCUCUUUGCAUUCGCCACCACCAACACGUAGGAAUUGGGAUGAUGCCACCACCGAUAUCCCUCUUCAUGAAACGGGUUCGCCUCACGUUCAGUUUGCCGCCAAAUCGCCAUCUAUCAUUCCAUCGCCAGUCUAUGCCAAUUCACCUUCCAUGCCUUCUGGAUCAGUAGUCGCUUCGCCAGCAACGCUUCCACCGCCUUUACCUAUGCAUACAUCGAGUACAACCACUGAUUAUCCAAGUGGAUCCACUACGGCUCGUAACUUUGGUGCCGACACUUUCAAUCAUAACGGUGGCGAAAAAGUGGCUGUGGAAAAUGAGGAUAGCAAUAUGGGUUAUGCAAUGUACGAGCGAAACAACAAUGCAGCAGCAACAGCAGUCAACAAUCAGCCAACGUAUUAUGGAAACACCGGUCUACGAUCCGACGGAUUUAUGCGACUUGAAUCUCAAGAGGAUGAUAUGCAACAAACACGUGAUGGUGGAGCAGCAGCAGCAGCAGGUUACAAGGAUGGUCAUUACGCUCAAAAUACACAACCCAUGCCACAACAAGGCACUUCCUAUGUACCUUACUUGCAACAACCUGCCAUGAUGGAUUCUGCUGGUAGACGUAAUUUGGGCAUGCGACUCUUGUUGGGACCUGUGCGUCGACCUUGGUUCAGCUGGAUAUCAGGUUUAGCCAUGCUCAUUGUUUUGGUGGUCGAGUUUGUCAAGAAUUCACAAAUGACUGGAAGCGUGAUUGAAACAAGCCCAACAUUCAAUCCAAUGAUUGGACCUAGUUAUACCGUAUUAAUCAACAUGGGUGCAAGAUUCACACCAUGCAUGCGACCCGUACCCAACUACUCUCCAUCAACAUCAAUCAGUUACUGUUAUCGUGAACAAGAAACGUGUACUCUUGAGGAAUUGUGUGGUUUUGGAGGAUUUGGUGGCAGUGAUCCUGAUCAAUCUUUUCGAUUUAUCACACCUAUCUUUAUGCAUGCAGGCGUUGUGCAUUAUGUCAUGAACAUGCUUUCUCAUUUGCGAUUGGGAGCGGAUCUUGAGUGUGUCUUGGGUGCACCACGGUACAUUCUUCUCUACAUGGCAUCAGGCAUCUAUGGCUUUGUACUAAGUGCAAUGCUUGCUCAGACGACGACAGCCAGCAUGGGGUGUUCAGGCGCGCUCUUUGGCUUAAUCGGAUAUAUGUUUAUCGAUGUACUGGUCAACUGGAAAACGAUUGCAAAUCCGAUCCGAGAACUCAUAAAGUUGCUCCUGGUCACUAUCAUCUCCCUGGUGCUUGGCUUGUUGCCUGGUCUAGAUAAUUUUGCUCAUUUGGGCGGCUUUGUUGUGGGUAUUGUUAUGGGCGCGAUGAUCGCUCCAAUGCGUGAAGGUUUGGCAAAAAAAGGAAAAUUGAUCACCUGGGGCAUUCGGGCCGUUGCAUUUAUUAUCUUGAUCAUCCUCUUCGCGGUCAGCAUCACUUCGUUUUACUCAAGCUCCGAUCCAUCUCAGAUUUGCCCGGGCUGCAAGUACCUCUCCUGCCUCCCCGUCAACAAUUGGUGUGAUAUAUAG